CGCAUUGAACUAUGGGACAGAUUAUUGUCCAACAUGGCGACAUUUUGCUCAAAAUCGGGGUCUUUACUAAUGGCAAUUCCACGCUGUUCUUGCAGUAACAGUUCACUGUUGUUCAGGAAAAAGUAUCGUCUGUACUCAAAUCAUCAAACAAAAGAGAAAAUAACGCAUUUUGGUUUCGAAGAAGUAUCAGAACAAGAGAAAACUCAGAAAGUUUACAAGGUGUUUGAAAAUGUAGCUAGUUCAUAUGACAAAAUGAAUGAUGCCAUGAGCUUGGGGAUACACAGACUGUGGAAGGACAGGUUUAUCAGGACACUUAAUCCUCCAGUUGGAACAAAGCUGUUGGAUGUUGCUGGAGGAACAGGUGACAUUGCAUUCAGAUUCCUAAACCAUGUAAACAAAAAAUCAGAAAAAAGGAAGCAAGGAGCAGAAAUGAUUGAUUCCCAUGUGACAGUGUGCGAUAUCAACAGAGCAAUGCUACAGGUUGGCCAACAGAGGGCUGAGAGGCAACAUCAAUCUUCAGGGAUCUCAUGGGUGGAAGGUGAUGCAGAAGAGUUACCAAUCGCUACUGCAUCAGUUGAUGCCUAUACUAUAGCAUUUGGAAUUCGAAAUGUUACAAGAAUUCAUAAGGCUUUGAGUGAGGCCCACAGAGUUCUUGUUCCCGGUGGAAGAUUCCUUUGUCUUGAAUUCAGUGAAGUAAAAAAUGAGCUUAUAUCCAGUACCUAUGAGAAAUAUUCCUUUGAUGUGAUACCUGUUAUGGGGCAGAUCAUAGCUGGAGAUUGGAAAUCUUACCAGUAUUUAGUCGAAAGCAUAAGACAAUUUCCUAAUCAGGAAAAGUUUGCAGGGUUGAUUCAAGAUGCAGGAUUUAGCCAUGUCACUCAUGAAAACUUAACCUUUGGAAUAGCAGCCAUUCACUCGGGCUUUAAACUGUAAAAAGAAAUCUGAAUUUGUGAAUAAAUAUCAUGCUUUUUUAUCAUU